AUGGUGUUUUUCGUCAGGAACAAGUCGGACCGACGCGAAUUGUUGGCCAGCAUGGCCAGCGUCGAUCACGUUUCGUCGCACAAGAUCCACGACAACGCUGCAUUCCAACAUGUCCGUGAUAAUAUGGACGAAAUCAAUUAUCAUGUAAAGGCCAAAGAGACUGAUAUAAUAUUUUUGAAAACUUUGAUGGAUAAUCCUACUGUAGAAUCGUUAAUUAAAGUUCAAAACUCUUUGGAGGAGUACGAAACGUGUGUACCAGAAGCCAAUAACUCUAAGCAAACCUUGAUCGAUUUGUGUCAUCACUGUACAUCGUCAAAACAUCCAGUGGCCAAAGAUUUACUCUCAAUAAUUACCAAAUUACAUUUUAAGACCCUUUUAGAAGUACAUGAUAAAAUAGCUUUAAAGAGACUGAAGAAAACAUUAGAUACCUUCGAUUUACCUCCAACUCCACCCUCACCACCUCAACAACAGAACGGAACCAAAAUGUCUACACAGACGUACAAAGUAAUUGGAUUACGAAAAAAACCAGACGAACCAUUGGGUUUAACUGUUGAACAAGACGAAAAUGGAAAUCUUAUAGUAGCAAGAAUAUUAGCUGGAGGUACAAUUGAUAAACAAGGGUUAUUGAAAAAAGGAGAUGUCAUAUUAGAAGUAAAUGGUGAAAGAGUUGAAAGUCCUGAAGAUUUAUUGAACGAAGUUAGCCGUAGCAAAGAUACAUUGCAGUUUCGAAUUGCUCCUGGAUUUUCCCAAAAGAAUACAUUGCAAACUCAACAGUGUUACAUGCGAGCAUUGUUUGAUUACGACCCAAUGGAAGAUUCUUUAAUUCCUUGCAAAGAAAUUGGUCUAACGUUUAAACAUGGAGACAUUCUUCAGGUUUUGGAUCAAAAAGAUCCAAACUGGUGGCAAGCAAAGAAAGUUGGCGAUAAUGAACUUCCCGGGUUAAUACCAUCUCAAGAAUUAGAGGAAAGAAGAAAAGCUUUUGUAGCUCCAGAAGCAGACUAUGUUCAUAAAACUAGUAUUUGUGGAACUAGGAUUUCUAAAAAAAAGUGUAAGAAAAUGUAUCAAUCAAAGUGGAACGGUGAAUUUGAUAAAGCAGAAUUAAUAUUGUACGAAGAAGUUACAAAAAUGCCUCCUUUUAAGAGACGUACACUUGCAAUAAUAGGCACAACCGGUGUGGGAAGACGUACACUGAAAGGUCGUCUGAUAAACAGUGACCCUCAAAGAUUUGCAGGAGUUAUACCAUACACAACACGACCACAGAGAGAAUUAGAAGAAAAUGGUCAAAAUUAUUGGUUUACUGAUCGUGAUCAAAUGAACAGGAUAUUCGAGAGCAUAAAUUUUGGAAUAUGGUGA